AUGAUGUUUGCAAUAGAAGAAAUCAACAAAGACGAUGGUCUUCUUCCAAACAUAUCUCUAGGCUACAGAAUCCUUAACUCUUGUUCAUCUCCUACUCAUACUUUACGAACUGCAUUAACUCUGGUCAAUACACCAAGGGAGGUGGAAACACCAUCAGGUUGCCCUCCAACUGUGUCGGCUGUCAUAGCCGAGGCAGGAUCGAGAUGUUGCCUUGCAUUGAAUCUUGUUUUAUGGUUUCUUUUCCAGGUGAGCUAUUUUUCCACAUGUGCCUGUCUCAGUAACAGAGCAAGGUUUCCUACCUUUUUUCGAACCAUUCCCAGUGAUUAUUUCCAGGCAAAAGCUUUGGCAGCUCUAGUUAAACACUUUGGCUGGGAGUGGAUUGGAGCCAUACACUCAGACAACGAUUAUGGACGAAACGGCGUGCUGGCCUUCACACAGGAGGUUAAAAAGUUCGGGGUUUGCAUUGCUUUUGUUGGAACCGUUCUUCGAACGUACCCAGCAGAUAAAAUUCUAAAAGUUGUUGCGAUGAUUGAACAAUCAUCUGUAAAAGUAAUUUUGGCGUUCAGUGCUGAAGGUGACUUCUCUCCUUUGAUGAAAGAGGUGGUGAAACACAACAUUACAGGAAUACAGUGGCUUGCUAGUGAAGCCUGGAUAACUGCUCCUCAGCCUUCUACCCCUGAAAUGUACCAAGCUUUUGGUGGAGCACUGGGAUUUGUGGUGCAGAAGAUGGCUAUUCCAAAUCUAAAUCCUUUUCUCACUGCUAUUAGUCCAUAUAAAGAUCCAAAUGCAGCUUUUGUGAAGGAAUUCUGGGAAAUAAUUGUUGGCUGCAGACCUGUUUCACCUGAGAUUGAUGCAAGUGCUGAUAAAACAAAAGGAACCUGCAGCGGCAAUGAGACAUUACUGAACUCCCAGGAUGUCUUCUUUAAUGUCUCGGAGCUCAGAGUGACUUAUAAUGUGUAUAAAGCUGUUUAUGCCAUUGCACAUGCUCUUCAUCAGCUUGUUUUCUGCAAAGCUGCAGGAGAAGAAGCAGCCAGGCCCUGUGUGGAUAUAUCUGACAUUCAACCUAAAGAGGUCACCUAUCACUUGCAAAGAGUAAAGUUCAUGAAUAAGUUUGGGGAUUACGUGUUUUUUGAUGAAAAUGGCGAUCCUCCUGCUUCCUAUGAUAUUAUCAACUGGCAGCUGGAAAACGGGCAGGUGCGACACGUGACACUUGGUCAUUUUGCCUCCUCUGCAAAUGGUGAAUAUAGGCUCAGCAUUCAGGAAGAAAGGAUUGUGUGGAGGACAGGAAAAAAUGUCCCAACAUCAGUUUGCUCUGAUGUUUGUAAAAAAGGAACCAGGAAAGCUCAAAUGAAGGGGAAGCCCACAUGCUGUUUUGAUUGUAUUCCAUGUGCAGACGGAACUAUAGCCAACUCUACAGGUGCAGCAGAGUGCACGCCCUGUCUGCAGGAAUACUGGUCUAAUCAGAGAAAAGAUGAGUGUGUUCCAAAGAAAAUUGAGUUUCUGACUUAUCAUGAGCCAAUGGGAAUAGCUCUCACCAUUGUAUCCAUCCUGGGGGCCUUCCUGUCACUGGUUACCGUGAUGGUUUUCAUCCACUACAGAGAAACUCCUGUCAUCAAGGCCAGCAACGCUGAGCUGAGCUGCUUCUUGCUGUUUUCUCUUUUCCUGUGUUUUCUUUGCCCUCUCACUUUCAUCGGCAGACCUACAGUCUGGACAUGCAUGCUGCGCCGCACAACGUUCGGUUUGACGUUUGCACUCUGCAUUUCUUGCAUUUUGGGGAAAACAAUUGUUGUUGUAACUGCAUUCAAAGUCACACAGCCCAGCAACAAAGUUGCUAUAAAGUUUGGCCCUGCACAGCAAAGGGUGAUAGUCAGCUCUUGCACUCUGAUUCAAAUAGUCAUAUGUGUGUUGUGGUUGAAAUUCAGACCUCCUCUCCCUGAUAAGGUUUUUCGAUACAGCAACAAAAAGAUUGUGUUAGAGUGUAACACCGGGUCUGAGGUGGCCUUUUAUGCAGUGCUGGGAUACAUAGGGGUCCUUGCAGUAAUUAGCUUGGUUCUAGCAUUCCUUGCAAGAAAGUUGCCCGAUAAGUUUAAUGAAGCCAAGCUGAUAACCUUCAGCAUGCUGAUAUUCUGUGCAGUGUGGAUCACCUUCAUCCCAGCAUAUGUCAGCUCUCCUGGGAAGUUCACUGUUGCUGUAGAGAUAUUUGCUAUUUUGUCCUCAGCGUUUGGUUUAUUAAUCUGUAUGUUUGCACCUAAAUGUUACAUAAUUUUGAUUAAACCAGAGAAAAACACCAAGAAGCAUGUUAUGGGAAAGACUUAAUAAAAAAUAUGAAAAAAAUAAAAAGAUCACUUACAUGUCCAAUUAAAACACAGUACUACAUAUUAUACUUGUUUUAUUCUUUUACUUUAUUAUUUAUUUUUGAUCUUAUAAUGAGAUUUGGUGCAUAAAAUCAUGGGUAAUUUAGUUUGGAGUAACGGUUGAACAUUUAUCCCCCCCCCCAAAAAAAAAAGUUAUGAAUAACUAAGGCAUCAUGUGCAAGUUAAUAAAAUGCACUUCAUGUUUUAAAUUGUUUAGUUAAUUGGUAUUUAUUUAUUUUCAUCUACCCUAAAAUUAAGGUAUAAUUUCUUACCUGAUUUGCUUAACCUACACGUUUGUAUCUAAAUGCUAAACACUUGUAAUAGGAUGUCUUACUAAGAAAGAUGACAAUUUCUUAGUUUUUCUGUGGUCCUGCUGCUGCAGUUAUUUUCUUUUAUGCUAAGUUUCAGUCUACACUUAAUCCUCCUCUGUAU